CUCUUGCUGGGAGAUGCCCGUUAGUUGCGUCUGCCGAUAAUAUCACAUCAGCCCGAGCGCAGCUAUUGGCAGAGCGGUGCACAGGCAGCGCGCAGUGAGGACGGAGCGGUUCACUGGAGAAGACAGACACACUCAGAGGGAGCGAGCCGGGGAGGACGGAGCGCAUCAGAGCACAUUGAGAGGAGCACGACGAGGAGGAGGAGGAGGAGGAGGAGGACAGAGAAGGAGCAGAGGAGAGUGAGGAAAGGGAGAAAAGUUACCGGGUCAGCGGUAGAAGGCGUCGCAAGUGGGGCAGCUGGGGACUCACUGGGGGUCUCGCUCCCACCGGAGUAACCCUGCACAGGCAGCAGGCAGCGCGGCAGGAGAGUGAUAUUCCAUGAGGGGGUGAGAGGCAGAGCUGUAACUUCUCCCUCGGAAAGGCGGUGCUGUCAUCGGGGACAGGGUAACGCUCCUCACAGGAGCCCGUCUGCACAGCCACUCCAGGACGAGCACAGUCAGAGGUGCCUGAGCAGUGCAGUUCUUCUCCCCGAUCCAAUUGUGCGCUCUGCAGUGGAGGUAGUCGCGCUCCUCUCGGGCUUCUGUCUACUUUUAUUUCAUUUUAUUUAUUUUUUUGGGCUUCAGAGCGUGAAGCGGUUGGUUGAUUCGGAGGGCGCGUUGUUCUGUCCCGUCAUCUCAGAGACUAUGUUAGACUGUGCGUCGGGGAGUCCUUCAUCAGCAGCUGCAGCCCUAGAGCAUGGAGAAGUCCAGCAGUGAGGAGUCAGCCAUCCACCGUAGCCCCUCCGUAGACAGCCGCGACUCCGACUUUGCCCAAGCCUCCACGUCUGGCCGGCCGUUCGGCGGCCGCGGGUUCACCGCCGGUGCUUUCUACGGCUCCACGGGGUCGCGCAAAAACGCACCGCAGGGGCCGGCAGGAGCGCAAGCCGACGCCGGCGCGGGAGACAAGGCCACCAACAAGCCGAGCUCCCCCAAAGGCAGCAAAUACGUAGUCUUUUACCUGGAUCUAUCCUUUGUGUUCCUUUUAGAAUUCAAGAAGUGCAACAUGGCAAGAGGCUGCCUCUGCUGCUUGAAGUAUAUGAUGUUCAUCUUCAAUCUCAUCUUCUGGUUGUGCGGCUGCGGGCUGCUCGGCGUGGGCAUCUGGCUCUCGGUGUCCCAGGGCAGCUUCGCCACCUUCUCGCCCUCGUUCCCCUCGCUGUCGGCCGCCAACAUGGUCAUCGCCAUCGGCGCCAUCGUCAUGGUAACGGGCUUCCUCGGCUGCCUGGGCGCCAUCAAGGAGAACAAGUGCCUGCUUCUGAGCUUCUUCAUUGUCCUGCUGAUAAUUCUCCUAGCGGAGCUGAUACUGAUCGUCCUGUUCUUUGUGUACUCGGACAAGGUGAGUGAGAAUGCGAAGCAGGACCUGAAGGACGGCCUGGCUCUCUACAACUCAGACAACAACAUAGGCCUGCGGAACGCCUGGAACAUCAUCCAGGCGGAGUGGAAGUGCUGCGGUGUGAUCGCGUACACCGACUGGCACGAGGCCCUGCAGGAGAAGGUGGUCCCUGACCGCUGCUGUCAGGAACAUUACCAGAACUGUGGACACAACUCCACCAACAUGUUCUGGAGCAGGGGCUGCUUCGAGAAAGUGGAGGAGUGGCUGGACGAAAACAAGCACCUGCUGGGAACCGUCGGCAUGGUCUUCUUGGUGGUGCAGCUCCUGGGCAUGGCGUUCUCCAUGACACUGUUCCACCACAUCCACAGAACGGGGAAGAAGUACGACGCUUAGCCGCGAGGGCCGUCGACACCCAGCGGAGAGGAGCCCCACUGCCUGAUGGGAUAAGACUGAUUGAAACAGCCCCCCCCCCCCCCCCCCCGCUUCCCCAUUCACUUAAUAACCUCUUUAGAGCAUCCUUUGCCCCCCCCCCGCCCCCCCUCCCACAUCCCAGACCUUCUGUACAGAUUCCAGCUGCUCUGAUCUGCUCUCUCUCUCCUCUCACCACUCCUUUUUUUGCCAAAGAGUAAACCCAACCGGAAGAGAAGGGACAGCGUCUUUUGGCAAGGAAGAGAAUCCCAUUGUUUCUUCACUCCUCUUGAGUAUUGCUUUUUGUUUUUUCUUUUUCUUUUUGCUUGGACUAACAAUUUGCCGGAAGGAAACGACAGACUUUGAGCAAACGAAGACUUGACUAAUGCCCCCCUCCGUCAAGCGAUCAAACAUAUGAAACUGAUAACACCCUCCAUCUCUUGUGGAGCUUUUUAUUUGAAAUCUUUUUUCCCCCUCUUGCUAAAUGAAGUCACCCCCCCCCCCCCCCCCCCCCCUUUUCAUUUGUAAAUGAAAGAAUUUCCAACAUGGCAUGCUAGUUUUCUACUUCACUGAUUAACGUUGUCGGCGAAAUGUCAAACAAUCUGUUUUUGUCUUGUGGUUUUUCUUUUUUCUUCUUCCCUGUAAGUGUGUCAUCAAUGCUCCUGUGCAAUGUAAGUGUUGGACGGAUCAGUGCAAUGAGCUCUCAAUGAGUGUGUGUGUGUGUGUGUGUGAGAGUGUGUGUGUGUGUGUGUGUGUGUGUGUGUGUGUG